AUGCCGGCCAUUUCGUUGCACACUGUCCCGAUGGACAUUCAGCUCAACAUUCUGGGAUACGUCGAUCCCAUCUCCCUAAUCAACCUGGCCCAAACCUGCCAGACUCUCCGGACCAUCAUCCACCCAACACGCGUCAACCUCCUCCAGCGCCUCCUCGCUCUUGAGCUGCUUCCCGAAUAUGGCGGUAUCGUGCCGCUCAUCAGAGGCAGGGAUAACCAGAUCAUCCCCCCCGUCGGCUCCAGUGACUGGGAGUCCAACAGGUAUGCCUGCGGAGGCUGCCUCAAACUCCUGCCGCACCAAAGGUUCGACAACCACAACAUCCUGCGGCUCAACCUCCGCAAGCCCCCUCCCGGCAGCAGAGAGGCUACCCGCCUAGCUGAAUGGUGGUUUCUCAACGGGUGGGAAGACGAUGUGAGGGGGAGGAUCAUCCAACACCGGGUAUAUGCCCGUGUUUCAGAAGAGGUCAGGUCACUUGCCGACGUCCGAAGGCAACACUACGAGGCCACCCACCCAGACGACGAAAUGCCUCACAACGGCGUCAAUCAGUUCCUUUGGGCCGCGGACGAGCAGGCCGAGGCCAUAGCAGCCAACGACCGGACUGCUUACGACGCCGAGCUCCUCCUUUGCGGUCUUCGCCGGCACAACCGUCGGUGCAACGAAUGCCGCUUUCUUCGGGGCGACUGGGGCCAUCUUAGCCCAGCGAACAACCCCGGCAACGCCCUCCCUCCCUUGCCAGUGGCUACAGGGCGCAAGCUGCCCUUCUACAAUCUCUUCGACAGGUGCUUCCCAACCUUCUUCAACCCUGUCCCCCUCUCCGAAACGGGGCGCCGCUUCACCGCGUUCGGUAACCAGCGAAACAAGGUGUACGUAUGGAUGAUGUGCACCGUUCGCUGCAGAGGUUGCUCAAAGUGGCAAGAUGCGUCACAGUUUCGCCUGCCCAUCGCGGCGUACAAGACUGAGGAUAUGCUGGUGAGGGAGCUAGGGCAGUAUUCGGUGUGGGAUGCCGAGUUGGGAGAUCUGAGGGAGCCCAAGUGCAAUCGGUGCUUCUUGAGGGACCAUGGCAUGGCGGCAUUCAGACGCCAUAUCGUACGCUUCGCGAGGUCGCUGCUGCUGGAUGCCCUCAACAGGGUCAAGUACCAAGUCCUGUUCGGGUGGGGCAAGCUUCUCGAAGACUUCCGCCCUGGAGGAGACUUUGCAAGCUGGGCCGAGUACGGCGCGCCGAUUGUCUCCAGCUUCCCAAUCCAAGAAGACGACCUCUUGACAGUACCCUACCUCACCACCUGGCAGAUCGAUGAUCUCUACCACCGCUUCGCCCGCUUCAAGAUCUUCGUCAAGCACAUGUACCAGGGCUUGCGACCAAUGCGGCAGUCUAUCUUGGAUAGUCGCUCCAACGAAGAGGUCAUGACCAACGUGAUGACCUCGUGGUUCCGUAUUUGGUACGGUGACUAUUACCUGUACGAAGGGAUGUACCGGAGGUUGAAGAACCUGUUGGAAUGGAUUGAGCAGCAUGAGCAGGACGUGGUGCAGUAUGCGUUGGGGGUUGACCCGUUGAGACUGGAGAGGUAUGAUUGGGACGCGGAGGCGGAGGAGGGCGAGAUCAUUUCUUGA